CUGUUGAUCGUCUUCCAGAUUCCCAGCGGUCCCUGAACGCACCUCCCGUAACCCGCUCCGCUCUGCGUCAACGGUGGCUCCGUUUGUUUGGUUCCUUCUCGGGCUGUUUUCUCCACGUUACCGGGAGGAAGACCGACCGGCCCGUCCGCCGUCCACACACAGAGCCCCGGUUCAGGGCGACCUUUACCUGUUUAAUCUCUUGCUCACCUGUAAACCUGGUUUCACUGACUGUUGGUCUGAUGACAUCUGACUGACUGAACCUCCAUCUGAUCCUCCAUCUGAUCCUCCAGCCUCCAUCUGCAGCAGCACAAUGACCGUAUGAUGUCUGAGAGCAGCUGCUAUGGCUUGCAGCAGCGGUCAGAACAAUGCCGAGACUCUGGAGGGCUUCCACGAGGUGAACCUGGCCUCGCCCACCACACCUGACCUCCAGAACCAAGCGGACCAGCGCCCCCCGGCCCGCCACAGCACCCCGCCCACCUCCCUGUACCGGACCCACAGUCUGGGAGCUCCUCCUCCGGGCCUGAGGGCCGACCAGCUCCCCACCCAGCCGGUUUACUCAACGCCUCGACACAGCCACAAUGGAAGCGUCCCGGGACUGGAGGCGGAGUCAGGGGAGGGAAACCUAGGAGACGACGGAGAGGAGAUGAACGCUCUGAGUGACAGUCUGUCAAGGCUCCGGAGCCCCUCAGUGAUGGAGGUCAGAGAGAAAGGAUACGAGAGGCUGAAGGAGGAGCUGGCAAAGGCCCAGAGGGAGCUGCUGUUGAAGGAUGAGGAGUGUGAGAGGUUGUCUAAAGUCAGAGAUCAGCUCGGCCAGGAGCUGGAGGAACUCACCGCCAGCCUCUUCCAGGAGGCUCACAAGAUGGUGAGAGAAGCAAACGUCAAGCAGGCGAAUGCUGAGAAGCAGCUGAAAGAAGCCCUGGGCAAGAUCGACGUUCUCCAGGCUGAGGUCCAGGCCCUGAAGACACUGGUCCUCUCCUCCCCUACGUCCCCCGUUGGUGAACUUCCCUCUGCAGGAGUAAAGACUCCCUUCAGAAAAGGCCACAGCAGGAACAAGAGCACCUCCUCUGCCGUCUUAGGAACCCAGCCCGACCCGUCGGCCACGCAGCCCAUCGUACGGGAGUGUAGAGAGCUAGACGGUCAGCUAUUCGGUGAGUUCAAGGCCUGGAAGGAAGAACCGACGCUCGACCGGAGCUGCUGCUUCCUAGAGAGAGUUUACCGAGAGGACAUCUACCCCUGCCUCACCUUCAGCAAGAGCGAGCUGGGGUCGGCCAUCUUGGAAGCCGUGGAGCAGAACACGCUCAGUGUGGAGCCGGUCGGUUUCCAGCCGCUGCCGGUGGUCAAAGCCUCGGCGGUGGAGUGUGGAGGACCAAACGGGCGAAUGGCCGAGCUCGUCACAAAAUGUGCCCUGAGCGGUCAAACCAAAACCUGUAAGCACAGAAUCAAGUUUGGAGAUUCGUCCAACUAUUACUACGUGUCUCCCUACUGUAGAUACAGAAUCACAGCGGUGUGUAAUUUCUUCACCUACAUUCGCUACAUCCACCAAGGGCUGGUCAAACAGCAGGACGCAGAGCAGAUGUUCUGGGAAGUUGCAAAUGAAAUCAUUCAGUGAAUUAAGAGAAGAGUUUUAAUAUUUCAAAUAAAGACUUUUUCAAAUUUCUACAAAUCAGGAGUAUUGUCCAGUCACUUAUAAAGAAAAUAAACUAAGAACAGAACAAUUGGAAAUUGAAGAUCAGAUAUUAACGGCCAAUACAAUUAAGGGAAAAAUCAGCAAGUUUUAUAACUGUCUCGCAGUGGGAGGACAGUCAUCUCUUCUACCAUUAAAAAGGAUUUGGGAGAGGGAUUUAGGAUUGACCUUUGAAGAAAGUGCGUGGUCUAACAUAUGCGAAUCUGUAUAUUUCCCAUUUAUUAGUAAUAAAAUUAAAGAAGCUAAUUUUAAAUGUAUCCACAAAUCAUAUCUAUCACCCAGAAAGAUGAAUAAAAUAUCAAACAGCAUUUCUGCAAACUGCCCUCAAUGCAAAAUGGGAGAUGGAACAUUUUUGCAUAUGUUUUGGGAAUGUAAAUGUUUGACAGUUUUCUGGAGGUCAAUCCAUUCCUUUACAAAAAAUACAUUACAGAAGUCAUAUGAACUUAAACCUAAUUUCUAUUUGUUGAAUGACAUACAAAAUCUCCCUUUAGAUAGAAAGAAAUGUAGAUUACUAAUAACAUAUUUUUCAAAGAAAUGUAUACUUCUGGGGCUGCUCAGUGGCGUAGUGGUUAGCACUUUCGCCUUGCAGCAAGAAGAUCCCUGGUUCAAAUCCCGGUCUGGGCCUGGGAUCUUUCUGCAUGGAGUUUGCAUGUUCUCCCUGAGCAUGUGUGGGUUUUCUCCGGGCACUCCGGCUUCCUCCCACAGUCCAAAAACAUGCUGAGGUUAAUUGGUUACUCUAGAUUGUCCGUAGGUGUGAAUGCGAGUGUGAUUGUUCGUCUGUGUAUGUAGCCCUGUGACAGACUGGCGACCUGUCCAGGGUGUCCCCUGCCUUCGCCCGAGUCAGCUGGGAUAGGCUCCAGCACCCCCCGCGACCCUAAUGAGGAUAAAGCGGUGUAUAGAGGAUGGAUGGAUGUAUACUUCUGUGUUGGAAGGAUCACGCUCCUCCCAUUUUUAAGACAUUUCUUGCCCAAAUUUCAGACUUCUUACCAUUGGAGAGGCUAACUUUUGAAAAAUAUGGUCAGGGUCAAAGUUUCACAGAACUAUGGAAUCCGUUACUUUCAAGUUUGAAUACUUUUGCAAAGAAUGACUGAAAAUGAGUAGACAUUGGUGUUCCUUAUAAUGCGCAGACUAUAAAAGUAGGUAAAUAGUGUAAACGAUGGUUGCUGCUUCUAUUCUCUUUCUAGGUAGGGAUGUCAUAGAAGUGACCUAUAUAUGUGAAAGGUGAUUUGUUGUGACAAAACAUUUAAAAAAAAAAAUUAUUACGUCUGGACACUUGAAAAUACAAAACAAAAAACAAAAGUAAUUAAAAAAUAAAUGAAAGAAACGGAAGAGUAAAUUAGGUAAUUAAUAAAAAUUAAUGGUUAAAUGAAUUCAAUAUUAAAAAGAAAAUGACAAAAAGUGUCUGUUAAUUUACUCAAAUCCUCAAAAAUUAGAAAAGAAGGGGGAAAGGAGGAAGAGAAGGAAAGGGAAAAGAAGGAGAAGGAGAAAAGGGAAGAAGGGGAGAGAAGGAAAAAAGGGGGAAAAGAAAAGGGGGAGAAGGAAAGAAAAGAAAAAGGGAGGGGGAAGAAGGAAAGGGAAGGAAAAAGGGAAGAAAAGAAGGAAGGGAAAAAAGAAAACAAAGGUAAACAUAUUAAUCAAAUUAUUUCAAACUAUAGAUUUAUCCAAAUUAAAAUAUAUAUAUAUAUAUAGGAUUAAAGGUCUAUUAACGAACAUCCCUAUUGUGAAAAGUGAAAUAUUAUUUGUUUGUUUUUUUUGGUUUCGAGUUGUUAUUGUAUUUAUUUAUUUAUUUUACUUUUUUUUAUUCUCUUGGUAAUAUUAUGUUACAUAAUUAUAAAGGAUGUGUAUGUAUGUAUGUGUAGGUGCGUUUACGUAUUUUUGUAGGUAUGAAUGUAGAUGUAUUUGUAUCUGUAUAUAUAUGUAUAUAUUCAUUUCUUUAUUGAGUGGAUGGGUUGGGGCAAACAAAAGAAAAAAGGAAGGGAAAAGGAAGGGAAAAAAGGGAAAGGAAGGGGGAGGGAAGAAAAAGGGGAAGGGAAGGGAAAAAAAGAGAAAAAAAAUGGGUGUAUAGUUUUGUUAAUGUCAUGUGUAUAUCCCCAAAAUGCAAACUUGUGUCCAAAUAUUUAUGGAUAUAGAUUAGUUACACUUGUUAUGACUGCUACCAGAAAACAUCCACUGUAACUUCUAUUAUUGUUGCUGCUGCUUCUAUUGAUGUUUUAAAGGGGCUAAUAAACGUCAAAAAAAAAAAAAAAA